CUAGUUCCUGCGUUCUACAGCGUGUCCUUAUCUUUCUGGGUUUUCCUGACGCUCGGCGCCCGCCUCCUCCGUCCACCGCGCGACUCGUUUCACCGUUUGCAACAAUCAUGAAGGUCGCCAGUGGCAGCGCCGCGGCCGCCGCGGGCCCCAGCUGCGCGCUGAAGGCUGGCAAGACGGCGGGCGGCGCGGGCGAGGUGGUGCGCUGCCUGUCCGAGCAGAGCGUGGCCAUCUCGCGCUGCGCCGGGACGCGCCUGCCCGCCUUGUUGGACGAGCAGCAGGUGAACGUGCUGCUCUACGACAUGAACGGUUGCUACUCGCGCCUCAAGGAGCUGGUACCCACCCUGCCCCAGAACCGUAAAGUAAGCAAGGUGGAGAUCCUGCAGCACGUCAUCGACUACAUCAGAGACCUACAGUUGGAGCUGAACUCGGAAUCCGAAGUCGGAACCCCAGGGGGCCGGGGGCUGCCCGUUCGGGCUCCGCUCAGCACCCUCAACGGCGAGAUCAGCGCCCUGGCGGCCGAGGCAGCAUGUGUCCCGGCUGACGAUCGCAUCUUGUGUCGCUGAAGGGCCGCCUCGGGUAGUGGACCCUCGCCCUCCAGGAGGCAGGAGGAAUAAGAGUCGGUCCCGGCAAGCACCUCGUCAGAGCUGGGGGAAACAAGAUAGACCGCCGGUCCUUGGGUGCUUAGCUGGAUCCAGCCCACAGUUGGGGAGCUGAGGAGGGGAGGCGAUCCUCUUUCCAACACCCCCAGGCAGCAGAGACUUUGGGGGGGUUUCCCCGUGUGUUUCUAUUUUUUGAAAAGCAGACUUUUAAAAAAUGGUCACGUUUGGUGCUUCUCAGAUUUCUGAGGAAAUUGCUCUGUAUUGUAUAUUACAAUGAUCACCGACUGAGAAUAUUGUUUUACAAUAGUUCUGUGGGGGUGGGUUUUUUGUUAUUAAACAAAUACUUUAGAUGGUGGUAAA